AACCUAUAAAUAAGGCCCGUCCCUCGCGCUCUCUCUCUCUACCACAACGCUCUUCUAAAAGCCGCGGAACGAAACGAGCCCCCUCCCGCGAUCUCUCUUCGAGAGUUGGUAGGGCUCCCGUUAGGGUUUUCCAGAGCUCUACCCCCUUCCUCUCCGAUUAGGGUUCGCACCCCUUCGUGAGGGUUUCGUUUUCUACGAAUGGUUUUCGGCUUCGUGUUCGCUUCUGACGACUUGCACUGGUGCUUCUUCGCCUGAGACGAUGAGCCAGGUGCUGGCCGAUGGGGCCGACGAGCAGCCCGAGCCGCCCCAUCCCGACGUCAUCGAGAUUGAUCCCACUCGGCGCUAUGUUUGUUAUAAGGAGAUAUUAGGAAAAGGCGCUUUCAAGACUGUAUACAAGGGAUUUGAUGAAGUCAAUGGAAUUGAGGUAGCUUGGAACCAGCUUAGGAUUGAUGAUGUGUUGCAGUCUCCGGACAGCUUGGAGAGAUUGUACUCGGAAGUGAAUCUUUUGAAAUCUCUGAAACAUGAGAAUAUUAUGAAAUUCUACACUUCAUGGAUUGACCAUAAAAAGAAGACUAUUAAUAUCAUCACCGAAUUGUUCACCUCUGGCAGCUUGAGACAGUACCGUAAGAAACACAAGAAGGUGGACAUGAAAGCAGUGAAGGGAUGGGCGAGGCAGAUUCUGACGGGGUUGAACUAUCUCCAUAGUCAGAAGCCACCAAUCAUACAUAGGGAUUUGAAGUGUGAUAACAUUUUUAUUAAUGGAAACCAGGGAGAGGUGAAGAUUGGGGAUCUUGGGUUGGCAACUGUCAUGCAGCAACCGAAUGCACGAAGUGUAAUUGGGACUCCUGAGUUUAUGGCACCAGAACUCUAUGAUGAAAAUUAUAACGAGUUGGUAGAUAUAUACUCCUUUGGGAUGUGCAUGCUAGAAAUGGUCACCUUUGAGUACCCAUACAGCGAGUGUACAAAUUCUGCUCAAAUAUACAAAAAAGUUUCUUCGGGGAUAAAGCCUGCUGCUCUUUCAAAGGUAAAAGGUCCAGAAGUGAAAGCUUUUAUAGAGAAGUGCCUUGUUCCAGCUGAUCAGCGAUUGCAAGCAGGGGACCUUCUGAAGGAUCCUUUUCUCCAGGUGGAUGUGUCAAAUGGCAAUCAAGGGAACCAUUCUUUGCAAUUACCUGAUAUCAUAGAACUGAGAACCAGGUUGGGUGUCUCCAAAGACCAUUGUGUUCAUUCAGAAGAGCCAAAAAGUAGCAUACAGCAAACACAGUUUCAUAUAGAUCUCGAUGAUGAUGAUAAUGAGCCUGCACUUAUCACUGUAAUUGAACGCUCUGAUGGUAAAAGUUCAAACUUGCUAACUUUGGAGGUACGAAAGAAGAGGAAAGAUGGUGCAUUUAUAUUAAAAGGGGAGAGGGAGGAGACUAGUUCUGUAUCAUUAAAUAUGAAGAUUAUUAAUUGGAAAGGUCGUGCAGGUCAUGCCGACAAUGUUGUCUUCGUGUUUUACCUGGAUAGUGAUACUUCUCUUUCAGUCGCUAGUGAGAUGGUUGAGCAACUUGAACUGGCACAGAAGGAUAUAAAGCUUAUAGCAGGGUUAAUUGAUUCAUUAAUUAUAAACUUGAUACCUGGAUGGAAACCAUGCAUUGCCAUUAGUCGGCUGAUAACUCUAGAUGGAACUCAAACUCCCAAGGAUCUGCAGUUGGUUAAGUGUUGGGAAUGCUCUAACAUAUCUUCUCGGAGUAUCUCUAAAGCUAAUGAUGUUUUUGCCCCCCUUCCCUUUGUUGAUUUCAGCUCCAUGGAAGGCUCAGAUCAGCCAGUGUAUGAUGCUGUGGUCAAUGGAAAACUCGAUCAUGUCACAAGAUAUGCUGAUUCUGGAUCUGUCAAUGUGGUUGCGUCAGUCAAUCAGGAUUCUGAGGGUAAUGGUGAGAAGUCCCCAGGUUUCUCUCCAUCAGACCUUGUGGAUUUUAAUUUGUUAAAUAUAGAGGGAGAGGUUAAAGGGGCACUGUCAAAAGUUGAGAAUGGCAUGAAGCUGGAUCAGAAAGACAUGGGUAUCAAUGGUGUUGAUAUGUCGGCCUUUUCUGGUUUCCCGAGAAAUGGUUCUUCAUUUGUUUUGGCUGGUGAACAUGAAAUUGAUGAGCAUCUGAGACUAUAUUUGGAAUCUAUUGAACUACUGUAUCAGCAGGCAAUAAAGGACCUAUCUCAGAAAAGAGAGCAAGUCAUUGCAAUGGCAAAGAAAAGGGCAUUUCAGAGGAAGCAAUUGUUGCUUCGUUGAUCUUUUCUCUGCUACUUGUCUUCUCAAUCUUUUCAUGAGAGAAUGUUUACAGAGGAAGACAUCACAUGUACUAAAUUCCUGUGUCCUAUCUUCUGAAGAUAAAGUCUUGACAGCAAAUAGCUGAAGUGGAUUAGUUACUGCUGAUCUGUGUCUUUUUUCUUUUGAGCUACUAUGAUUGUUUGUUGAUGUGCUGGAUAUAUUGUUAGUUGAUUGUUAAGAUUACAGGUUCUUAGUUCGCUUGCAGAAACUCAGUAUAAUUUUUAUCUUCUGAAACUCUGCAUGUGCCAUUGCUUAUUUGCUUAAAAUGCUAGAAAAAGAUGGCAUAUUGGACAGUCAUCUCCAAACAUUGGAUGUUCUUCCUUGACAGUGGACUGAGCAAGAUGUAGUUGCAAUGUUGAUGGUUCUUUUGGAGUAUCAGGUCAUCGAACUAGGGCUUCAGCCCUAUAAUGUGAUAUGUAUUUUAACAAAAACUACAGUUUUUAGUGGUCAUCAUAGGUAUGUUUUCUUGCUUGCUGAUAAUGAUUCAGAAGGACUAUAUCCAGUUAUAUUAACUAAUUCUUGCAUCAUUUAGAUAUUGUAAUACCCGUUGAACUAGAGACACCCUUCUGAACUUGUUUGAUCAUACCAAUUGUGAGUGGUUAAAUGUUCCCUAUAUUAAGAACUAGCUCAUCAUCUAUGGAGUAUGUGCAGUAUUGUCCGGUUGGUAUUCAAAGUUGGGACCCUGAGGUUUAUUGAUGACAAACAAAUGAAGUUAACUAGAUUCGAGAUAUUUUGUCUCAUAGAAUAUUUUAUCUACCCUUUUUUCUUCAUGUACAGGGAAUGUUGCAGGAAAAGGAGGGAGAAGUGUUUGGUUUGAUAUUGAUCUUAAUAAUGUUAACUUGAUGCAUGAUGCUGAUGUACUUCAUAGGAAGUAGCAGGUGAUGUUUCUGCUUGUGAAGAAGCACUCGGGGCUUACCAAUAUUCCAGUGGACUAUUAACUCAAUGAGCUAUUCAUAAAUUGAAUUCAUACAAUUUUCUAGACCACUCUGACCAGUUAACUGCAAGAAUUUCCAAAUAUGCAUCAGAUAGCUAUCAAACUUGUUGUUCUGCUGCUCUUUGAUGAACUCUCAAAAUGAUUAUUGAGGAUUAAAAAGCUGUGAUGCUUAGGAGAUCAUGGAAGAUUAUUAUGACCAUUAUGGACUCUCAUCAUGAUCUUGGAAUUCUUGAUUUGGAACUUCUUGGAAUCAGUUGAAGAUAAGAAGAUGUUGAGCUAUUUUUUCAUCGGCAGAAAAAUUUACCAUCUGUGGUUUUUGAAGCAAAGGACUUAAUCAAUUUUGAGGAGCUGUGCUACUAUGUGGAGAGGAAGAUUGAGAUGAUUCUUUGCUAUUAGAUGACACUUUAUAUUAAUGUUUGGAAAAAUCAAUUUCACAUUCAGUUUUGGCGAAGCCAGGAAUGAUGUAUAGGACCACAAAACAUGUCUCUGUUUUUGUGCUUCUAGCAGAGUUAUUUUAUUUCCGAUGGACACCAUGCAUCAAUGAGAGGAAUUUCCCAAAAAUGAAGCUCUUUCACUUUUGUAAUAUGUGUAGAUUUUAAAUAUUUUAUUGGGGUUUCAUGCUCAUUGCAUCUACUAGUUUGAGGAAAAAGGAAAAAAAACGAGCUAGUCUAUUAUUUAUGUGUCUUAGAUCUACUUUAAAGGGAUAACUGUAUUAUAUAUCCCCAGGUCGUGCUUAUUUUUAUCUAUUGUGCUUUGUAGAGUCUGCAGAAGCAGUAUACCGUUAAAUCAGUAACUGCUUGGGUGGUUGCUGAUUCACUGCAUGACAGGUGUUGCCCAUUCUUGUUUGUUAUAGUGAUAUUCCGUGCAACCAACUGUAUUGCUGA